UUUGGCUGUAGCGGGAGUCAGCGCGAUGACAAGAAAGCCACAGCUUGGCCAUGGAAGCAAAGGUCCCCUGCGUCAGAUUCGGCUUGCCGCCUGACAAGAACAAGCCCCACCCGCGGUUUCCAGGCAUGGGUGCUCGUGCACAUGUUGGUCCUUUGUUCCAACAAAGCUGUAUGCGUCUCAGCGUCCUUCGAUCCAGCAAGCGCCCUUCAGGUGUAUACUGAUGUGCUGAAGAAGGAGAAGGAAACCCUUGCUGACGGGCUGCUUUUAGAGGAAAAGCUGGACACUGCAAAGAGGAAGACCAAGAUGGGCCUUUUGGACCCGGUGGCGACCCAGAAGAACAUGGACAUUUUACCAGGCUACGGCUCCUUGACAGACUUUUGUCAAAACUUCGGCUUCCUCCGCCAUCCUGUUUCUGGACGCUUUGUUCCUCAUGAUGAGUGCGGGAGUCAGCUACCAUGCCCAUCAUGGCCAGCUUCGAAGGAGCACUCCCAGGUAUCCCAAGCAUCCCCAGGAUCCUCGGUGUCAGUCGCCUUGCGCCGGCCAACGCUCUCCAAGCUCGGUUGCGAAGCUUUGAUCUCGUGCCGGUCCUCGCCCGUGCUGGCAAACUCCGUGUCUCUGGGCCAACCAGAGAGAUGGGACAGACGUCAGAGGUUGGAGCAGAUGCUGCAAAGCGCUGACGGGGAAUGGCCACGCCUGCCUCGUGGGAGGCCUUCUCAUCGACCUCGAAGCGCUUGGCGCUGAUGUCUUGCAAAGCUCGCACUAAAGUUUUAAGCUGACCGCAGUGGACGAACUUCCAGGGUUUAACAGCGGGAGCUGUGUCGAACGCACGCCGCUUUCUUAGGAGCCACAAUCAAAGCCCAAGAUGAAGGGU